UGCGUGGAAAGAGAUGGGAAGGAGUCCAUGUUGCUCCAAGGAAGGACUCAACAGGGGAGCCUGGACUGCCUUGGAAGACAAAAUACUAAUGGCUUAUAUUAAAGCCCAUGGAGAAGGCAACUGGAGAAACCUCCCCGAGAGAGCAGGUUUGAAGAGAUGUGGUAAGAGCUGUAGACUCAGAUGGUUAAAUUAUCUUAGACCAGACAUCAGGAGAGGCAACAUUUCCCAUGAUGAAGAAGAACUCAUUAUCAGGCUCCAUAACCUUCUUGGUAACAGAUGGUCCCUAAUAGCUGGAAGGCUACCUGGGCGAACAGAUAAUGAAAUCAAGAAUUACUGGAACACUACUCUGGGGAAAAAAGCUAAAGGCGAAUCAUGUUCACAAUCCAAACAAAGCUCUCAAAGCAAAUCUAGAGCAAUUAAACCCAUGACCAGCACCCAACCAUCAAAGUCAACCCAAGUAAUCCGCACCAAGGCCAUUAGGUGCACCAAGGUUUUGCUCUCAUUACAGUCACCAACACCGACACGGACACCACUACCACCACCUGAAAUUCUCUCCUCAACAGCCAUGAACGACCCCUCUCAAGCUUCCUUGAUAAAUCAUCAACAAGAUGGUCCAAAUUUUCAUUGCGGAACUGAAGAGGUUCAUGCAUGUCAUGAUGGCUCAGAUUUUUUCAAUUUCGGGAAGUGGAAUAAAAUUCAACCAAAUGAUAUAGACGGAGAUACACUAAUGAAGAGUGGUUGUAACUGGAAUUUGUCCAGUGGUUCUGAAUAUUCCUUGGGCUUAUUUGAUGACCUCAUGUUCAAGGACUGGGCACUGAAUCAUUGUCCUGAAGACAAUGCAACUUUGGACCUAGAGUCUCUCGCACAUUUGCUUGAUUCUGAAGAGUGGCCAUGAGAUUAGACACUGACGAGAAACUACAGCAAAAUCUCCACCCUAGAAGAUAUAUUGGCACUUGUGGCAUAUCUCAAUUGAUUAUUAUUCGUAGAAAUCAAAGUAAUAAUUAGCUUGUGUAUGGUGUGAAAUUAGAGCAAGUCUGUAAUGAUUUAGCAUUUGUAAGCGUUGUGUCGGUAACAGACUACAAUCAUGUAAUGUCCUCCUCUACUAUAUAUGGGUUCAAAAUUUGACCUUUAAUAUGGUUAGGGACGACAAUAACUGUUAGGUUCUUGAAAUUCAAAUAUGCAAUGAAAACAGUAAAUUUAAAAAUUAUUUAGGAGUUCUAA